AAUGAUAGGGAAAGCAAAUAAGCAAUAGUACUAGUACUAUAUAGUAUAAAUUAUAGUGCUCCAUUUUAACCCACCAGGCAAGAAAAACGUCUUCUCUUCAAUUUCAGUUUCUUUAUUUCCCUAUUUCCCCAGAAUAUCAAGUACAAUUUCUCCAUUUUCAUUUUAUAGAUUUUAACAAAACUCAGAAUUACUACUAAUUAUAUACGAUUUCUCGCUGAUCAUGGAGAGUAUAUAUGACAGUGCCGGUCUUGAUUUAGGAUUAGGUUAUUCAUCAACGGUGAAUCAGACAUCAAGAAAAGACGGACAAGUAGCUCCAGUUAAAUCCGAUCUCGGUUUUGAGCCCUCUCUGAAUUUAAGCCUUUCUUCCGGUGAUCAUCAGAUGGUAGAUCUGAAGACGGAAAAUAAGGAUCAAUUAUCUGUUGCUUCGUCGUAUUCAAAUGGCAGUGUGAAAAGGGAAAGAGAUAUUGGUAGUGAGGUAACAGAAGUAGAAAGAGUAAUUUCUUGUAGAGUAAGUCAUGAUGAAGAUUAUUAUGAAGAUGAUGAUGCUUCAAAUGGAAAGAAGAAACUUAGGCUCACCAAAGUACAAUCUGCUCUGUUAGAAGAAAGCUUCAAGCAACAGAGCACUCUCAAUCCUAAGCAAAAACAGAACUUGGCAAGGAAGCUUAACGUAAGGCCUCGUCAAGUUGAAGUUUGGUUCCAGAAUAGAAGAGCAAGAACGAAGUUGAAGCAAACAGAGGUGGAUUGCGAGUUUUUAAAGAAAUAUUGUGAGACACUAACAGAUGAAAACAAAAAGCUUUACAAAGAAUUGCAAGAACUGAAAGCUUUAAAAGUUGGGCAGCCGUUGUACAUGAAGCUGCCGGCUGCAGCCACCCUCACUGUGUGUCCUUCCUGCGAAAGAGUCGGCGCCGGCGCUGCCCAAAACUCAGCCAAGCCUCCUCACCUCUACGGCUCCUUUACUAAUCCCUCAGCAGCUUGUUAAUUAAUUAGUACAGUAUUCAAAUUGUCUUGUUGAAUUUAUUUUUAAUUAAUGUCUUGUUGAUUAACUAGAUUCUUAGGAAAUCUCCCAAAACUUAUUAAGAUUUUUAUUUUUUUUAAUUUGUACUAUAAUGAAAUGACUUGUAUAGUUGAUUUGUUAAUUAGAGGUUUGCUAAUCAUUAAUCAAUAUUCUAUUUACUAA